CCGCGAAGGAGAGAAAGCUCAGAGAGAGCUUUGUUCGAAUCGAACCCGCUGCCCUCGCCGUCCCUUACUUGCUCUGUCCUCUCCAGCUACGUAAUCAAUACUAGAAUUUAUCAGAUGCGCACCGUCAACUCGAUCCCAUCGUCUGUACCGACGUGAUACCGCUCCGCCCGACUGCAGCAACCAAUAUGGACUCGGCCACCACCACGAGUCUCGAAGCGCCCGCCAGCGCCACCUCCGCCUCCACCUCGCUUCGGCGAGCAGAAAAUGCGAAAGAGACCCCGGAUACCCGCGAAGCCGGCGAGAAGAAGGCCUCUGCCGUCAGAAAAUACCGACACCUCACCGCCGUUCACUCCGAGUCGAGGCCUUCCACGUUGAGCCACGAUGCAAGGGCGCCCCCGAGCUUUCUGGGCUUCCGAAACCUGAUGGUUAUCGUGCUAGUGGUGGGUAACCUGCGAUUGGUCAUAGAGAAUAUGCAAAAGUAUGGCAAUCUGAUAUGUCUGACGUGCCACGACUUUCGACGGCAAGACCUAAUCCUCGGUUUCCUGCUCUACAUACUCGUGCCCUGUCAUCUCUUCAUCGCCUACUCGUUCGAAUGGUAUGCUGCGAAGCAAGCCCGGAUAUCCCGGGCUCAGUCCGUUAGCAAGGGGGUUUCGUCGACACCGACGGAAGACCAACAAGCAAGGUUCGAGUCGAAGUGGAAGAGUAUUCGGACGGCGCAUCUCUUCAAUGCGACCCUCGCCCUCGCCGUCAAUAGCUGGGUCGUCUACUUCCAUAUCCACCACCCGCUGAUCGGCACCAUCACCGAGCUUCACGUCAUCAUCGUCUACAUGAAGGUCAUCUCGUACGCUUUCGCAAACAGGGAUCUAAGACACGCGUAUCUCCACUCGGUUAAGGGCGAGGCGUCCGUCCUACCCGACCUGUACGCGCAGUGUCCGUAUCCUCAGAACAUCACGAUGGGGAACCUGGUCUACUUCUGGUGGGCCCCGACCCUCGUUUAUCAGCCCGUCUACCCACGCUCGGGGAAGAUCCGAUGGAUCUUCGUCCUAAAGCGGCUCGGCGAGGUUGUCUGCUUAAGCGUCUUUAUAUGGUUUUGCAGUGCUCAGUAUGCCGCUCCCGUACUGUGGAACUCGCUCGACAAGAUCGACCACCUGGAUUUCGUUUCCAUUGUCGAACGGCUCCUGAAGCUGUCGACCAUCUCUCUCGUCAUCUGGCUAGCCGGCUUCUUCGCCCUCUUCCAGUCGGCGCUCAACGCACUAGCCGAGAUCAUGCGCUUCGGCGACCGCGCCUUCUACGACGACUGGUGGAAUUCGGCCGGUUUGGGCGACUACUGGCGCUUGUGGAACAAGCCUGUCUACCAGUUCAUGAAGAGGCACAUCUUCUCGCCGCUAAUCAGCAGGGGCUGGGACAUGACCUCCGCCAGCGUUGCCGUGUUCUUCGUUUCAGCCGUGCUACACGAACUGCUCGUUGGCAUACCGACGAAGAACGUUAUUGGCGUCGCGUUUAUGGGCAUGAUCAUCCAGAUCCCGCUGAUCUGGAUCACGCGAGUCUUCGAGAGGAUGAAGGGCCCUAACGGCCAGCUCAUCGGCAACUGCAUCUUCUGGGUCUCGUUCACGAUCCUCGGCCAGCCCUUCGCCGCCCUCGUCUACUUCUACGCCUGGCAGGCUAAGUACGGCUCCGUGGCGAAGAAGAUGGCGUCGAACCAGACGGUCGCGCUACCCUAAUCCCGGAUAGGAUGGGGCAAAAAGGUCGUGGCCUGUUUCGAUAAUGAGAAGGCGGCUUCACUCUGCUCACGGGGCGCAACGGGAAAUAACACAUGAACCAAAAGGGAAACCCCCCAGGAGGGAUCGCAUGGAGGUAAGGACAUAUAUAAUAGUUAACAGACGGCGCUAUGUCGGGGGGGUGGUCGGACGUUUUUGAAUAUUAUUUUUUCAUGUCUCGCUACCGCAUUCAACGCGUAAUAUUCUCGUGUGUACCGACGCCACUAUAUAGGUAUGUGAUUCAAGUCGGAUAGCUUCGCGGGACGGACGCCCUUGGGUGCGAUACGGUAGAGUGUGCUGGCUAUAGGAAGGCAGGCAGGCGGGGGAGGUCCACGUUGUGUCUAGUGGCAGGUGUCUCGACCGAUCAUGUCGGUUACACACCGCGCCGAACCGGCUCUUCUACAUACAGAUAGUAGGAUAUGUUUACUCCCGUGAAGACAUUAACUACCCGCUUACAGACUGACUGACUGACUGGACGUUU